AAUCUGAAGUUUGAAUUAAGGCAUCAUGGGAAUCCUUCAGCUUUCAAAUUAUGGAGUUCUGUAUAGUUUUAAGCAUCUUCUUUGUUGUUUUGCAUAUGUGGACAGCUUAUAUUGUUUAAAGGGUCUCCUCCUUCCCGCCGCUUCUUCCACUUCAGCCUACCCUUCCGUUGUCGAUACCGGACCAACUGAUUGCUCACUUUCCGACGACGGCCUCACUCCUAUUCGCCGGGAGGUGUACGAUAAUGGAAGAAUCAUCGACAUCAGUCAUCGGUUCACUACAGAUAUGCCGGCUUGGGAAUCUGACCAAGGCCUUGGCCAGUUCCUCUGGCUUCCUAAGAGCAUGAAGAAUGGCUCGCUUGCUAACAAUUCUGAAAUGAAGCUUCCGGCUCACACUGGUACCCACGUCGAUGCACCUGGUCAUGUUUUUGAUCACUACUUCGACGCUGGUUUCGAUGUUGAUACACUCGAUCUGGAAGUUCUUAAUGGUCCUGGACUGUUGGUGGACGUUCCAAGAGAUAAGAACAUUACUGCUGAGGUGAUGAAGUCUUUAAAUAUUCCCAAAGGAGUUCGUCGUGUACUCUUCAGAACAUUAAAUACAGACAGACGUCUCAUGUGGAAAAAGGAGUUUGACACAAGUUAUGUAGGAUUUAUGAAAGAUGGGGCAAAAUGGCUUGUAGAGAACACUGAUAUCAAACUAGUUGGAAUUGACUACUUAUCAGUUGCUGCAUUUCAAGAUCUUAUUCCAUCUCAUCUUGAAUUUUUAAGAGGCAGGGAAACCAUUCUCGUCGAAGGUUUAAAGCUUGAUGGCGUCCAGCCGGGUUUAUAUUCAAUCCAUUGCUUACCUCUUAGGUUGCUUGGUGCCGAGGGGUCACCUAUCAGAUGCAUUCUAAUUAAGUAGUAUAGGAAUUUCGGUGUUCAUAUUCUUUAGGAGUUAUGUUAAAAAGAAAAAGUUUCUCUUACACUUGAUAGAGUUUAGUUUCAAAUACAGUAGAAAUGUUUUCAUCCUCAAAUAAUCAAGUUUAGAUGUAAAGACUGCAUGUUAUAUCUAAUUGGUAGAGCUCAAGAUGUUUUUAUUUCAAAA